ACGGAGCAGCAGCAAGUCCCACUCCCACACGAGAGGGACAACCGGACCCAAAAAAAGCAUCAUGCUUUCCCCCGCCUACCUCGUCUUGGUCGCCGUCCUCCUCCUCCUCCGGCUGCCGGCUCCCGCCGUCGCCGGCCGCCCUCUAAUCGACCGCAAGCCCGCCCCUUCCGAGGCCGCAGCCACCGCGAGGUGGCUCGCCGGGGAGAACACAUGGGGCGUCCUCAGCACAAUAUCGAGUGAUCUAAGUGGUGCUCCAUUUGGCAAUGUAGUUUCGUAUAGUGAUGGAGUACCAGGUAAAAGCCAUGGAAUCCCGUACUUCUAUCUGACUACUCUGGAUCCCACUGCAAGAGAUGCGUUGGAGGAUGAUAGGACAUCAUUGACCCUUAGUGAGUUCCCUCUUGGCACAUGUGGGAAGAUUGAUCCUGAAAACCCUACAUGUGCUAAACUUACUCUUACUGGAAAGUUGAAGUUGGUUGACCGUCAGUCAUCUGAAGCAGAUUUGGCCAAAGCAGCACUUUUCAGCAAACAUUCUGAAAUGGAGGGUUGGCCAAAGAACCAUCACUUUGAGAUCUUCAAAUUGGAAAUUGAAAACAUAUUCUUGAUUGACUGGUUUGGGGGUCCUAAACCUAUAUCCCCUUCGGAAUACCUUGAAUAUGGAAGGAACCUGCAAGGCUCGCGGAUGAUCUCUUGACUGGGGAAUCCUUGUGAAAUCCUUUUGAAAGUUAGCUCUUCACACCUGUACAUACUAUAUACUACAAAGACUCAAAAGAUCUACGGGUUGAAUAAACAUCGUAUCAUGCGUAUUGACGUUUUUGCCCAUCAUAUCUACAUGGGCUUGUAAAUUAUUGAUGUGUUCCCAAAAUACAUUUCAGAAAGGCUACCAAUCAAGUUACUCUGGACUCCUGCCUUGGAUUUGGACGAGUUCAAAGUUGAAACUGAAUUGCCUUAAUUAGCCUUUAGCCGAGUCCAUGACUUUGUUAUAUCGGAUAGCUUGUGAUUUUACCAUGGAUUAUGCUGUUAGUUCGUUCA